UCAUAACAUAUUGAAGAACAAGGUGGUGAGAACGAAGAAGCUCAUGAUGGGAACGACUAGCGUUGUUUCUUCUGCAAUCUCUAUGAAUUCAUACGCAAAAAUAUUGCGAAAAGAAGAUCAUGAAGUUUUUGUGGUCAGUAAUGGUGAAAAAGGAUCAGUCUCUGCUCAUAAACCGGUGAUCAGUUCUGCUGAAAUAUUAGCAGACAACAAAGAUAUUUAUUAUUCUGGUGAUGAUCAUGAUCAUGAUCUCAAACAUCCAAGUAUUCCUGGUUGGUUUGCUGAGUAUUCUCCAAUUUGGCCAGGACAAGCACACUUUUUAAAAGUCGAGAAAAUUCUGUUUCAAGGAUCUUCCAAGUACCAGAGCAUGAUGGUGUUUCAGUCAUCAGCAUAUGGUAGGGUUUUUGUCCUUGAUGGAGCACUACAACUUACCGAGAAGGAUGAAUGUUCUUACCAAGAAAUGAUUACCCACCUUCCACUUUGCUCAAUUCCCAACCCAAAGAAGGUAUUGCUCCUUGGGGGUGGAGAUGGAGGUAUCCUACGAGAAAUCUCUCGCCACUCUUCUGUUGAGCAGAUUGAUAUUUGUGAAAUAGAUUCAAUGUUGAUUGAUGUGUAUAAGGAAUUCUUCCCAGAUAUUGCAGUUGGAUACGAGGACCCUCGUGUCUCAUUGCAUAUUACAGACGGAAUUGCAUUUUUGGAGUCUAGUUCGGGAGGAAAUUAUGAUGCAAUAAUAGUGGACGCGUUCGACCCACUAAGGCCUGAUCAUGAUCUUUUCAAAACGACGUUCUUUGAAAUGGUGGUGAAAGCACUCCGCCCCGGAGGAGUAUUGUGCAUCCAAGCAGAGAGCAUCUGGUUUGAUUCCCUUGACAUUGAACAGAUUGCCACUAAAUGUCGCCAAAUAUUUAAAGGCGCUGUGGAGUAUGCAUGGACUAUUGUUCCUGCUUAUCCAAGUGGAGUUAUUGGAUUCUUGCUGUGCUCCUCGGAGGGGCCAUCUGUCAACUUCAAAAGUCCGAUUAAUCCAAUUGAUCAUCAUCUAAAUGAGAGUUUUGGAGUAGCAAAAGCACCCUUGAAGUUUUACAACUCAGAGAUACAUUCAGCUUCAUUUUGCUUGCCAUCUUUUUCCAAGAAGAAGGUGGUGAUGAUCGAGGACGUCUCAAAAGUUGGUAGCUAGCACCAUGAUCGUGAUGAUGAUCAUGAAUGGGGUUGGUACAACUACAAAAAGAUAUGAUCAAACAAGUAGUGAAAGUUCAAUAUCAAUAUCCAGCAUGCAGCAUGCAGCUGCUACUAUAUAUACCGAUCGAGGCAAUUUGAUUAGCAUUGUUUGCCAUGAUUUAUACACACUCCGACAAUUAUCUCACCCAACUCGGACAUCAUAAUUGUGUUUAGAUUGUAUUGACCAUAAAGCUGUUAGAUCAUUUUAAAUUGCUAGCUAGCUAGUAUGAAUCA